AUGCCCCGCGCCGCUGGGAAGAAGACAGCUGGCAAAGACGAAGACUUCAUGUCUUCCGUCUCCAGAUUUUGGAACCGUUCCUACGCUGCAGACUACGCUGGCUUCGCCCUGCUGCUGCUGGCAUAUAGCUUGAUCCAAGUACUCGUCGAGCCUUUCCAUCGCAUGUUCUCCCUCGACAACAUCUCUAUACAAUACCCUCACGCCGCGGUCGAGCGUGUACCAGUCAUAUGGAACGUCGCCUACUCUGUCUUUCUGCCACUGUGCAUAUUCUUCCUGUGGGCAAUUAUACUUAGGCCUGGUCUACACAAGACCAAUGUCACAAUACUGGGUCUUGCGAUCAGCAUCAUGCUGACUACGUUCCUUACGGACGUGGUUAAAAAUUCCGUGGGACGACCAAGGCCGGACCUGAUUGCUCGCUGCAAGCCUAGAAAGGGUACCCCUGAGCAUACUCUGAUCACCAUUGGCUCUUGCACCGAGACGGAUCACCACGUUUUACAUGAUGGAUGGAGAAGCUUUCCCAGCGGUCACAGCAGCCUUGCUUUUAGUGGAUUAGGGUAUCUGGCGUUGUUCUUCGCUGGGCAAAUGCAUGUUUUCCGACCCCGAACUGAUCUAGCCAGAGUUCUGCUUGCCCUAGCACCGCUGGUCGCUGCUGCGCUGAUAUCAAUAUCGCGCUUGGAAGACUACAGGCAUGAUGUCUACGAUGUCACUACGGGAUCGAUUCUGGGCAUGCUCGUCGCUUAUUUCUCGUACAGAAGGUACUACCCAAUGCUGACUUCACCUCGUUGCGAUACACCAUUCCCAAGCCGAGCAGAGUGGGCUUCGAGAAAUGGAUUCGGGAAGCUGAAGGAUGAGGAGGCAAGGACUGGAAGCGCUGAAAGCUUUGACGUAGACGACAUGGAGGAUGACGCGGAGCAUGUGCCUUUGCGAGACGCGAGUAGAGAGCGUGGCAGGUUUGUUGGUAGUAGAAGCGAGCCAUAG